CUGUUCCCUAUUCCACACCCUCUUCCGGCCGUGUGAGAGCGAGAGAGAAGAACGCAAGGCGGCGUCCAAGACCCUCUCCAUCUCUUGGCCCAUUCCCCGAUCGCCGAGGACAAAACCCUAUCCAAAUCCUAGGAUCUGCGAUCCGAGCUCGGCCCCGAUGGCGGAGAGCUUGGGGAAGGCGAAGAAGCCGAAGGCUGCGGCGGCCUCGUCGCCGGUCGAGUCUCUGUUCCAUAGAAGGAUCGAGUUUCAUCCCGCCAGGAAGCCCUACUCUCCCAUCGCCAGCGCCGGGGGGAAUUUCCACAUGGAAACCCUAAACCCCGCAUCGGGUACACUCCGGCCGGGGCCGAGUCCUGGCGGCCCCGCGGCGGCGGUGGCGUCGUUGGGGAAUAAAUUUGACAGCGGGGAGUUCUACGAGCAUGGAUUGGACCCCGAGCUCGGCUUUAGGAUCACCUUCCGGAGAAUUGGUGCUGGUUUGCAGAAUCUUGGAAACACGUGUUUUCUUAAUUCAGUUCUCCAAUGCCUGACGUACACUGAACCUUUUGCGGCUUAUUUGCAAAGCGGCAAGCAUAAAUCUUCAUGCCAUACCGCUGGGUUUUGUGCAAUGUGCGCUCUUCAGAAUCAUGUCAUGACUGCUCUACAAUCAACCGGGAAGAUAUUGUCACCUUAUCAUCUUGUGAAGAACUUGCGAAGUAUAUCUCGUAAUUUUCGCAAUUCCAGACAAGAAGAUGCGCAUGAAUACAUGGUUAAUUUGCUCGAGUCCAUGCACAAAUGUUGUUUACCUUCUGGAGUCCCAAGUGAGUCUCCUAUUGCUUAUGAGAAAAGUCUGGUCCACAAGAUAUUUGGGGGCUGUCUCAGGAGUCAGGUGAAAUGCAUGCAAUGUUCCUACUGUUCCAAUAAGUUUGAUCCCUUUUUGGAUUUGAGUUUAGAAAUUGUGAAGGCUGAUUCUUUGCGUAAGGCACUUGCACGUUUCACUGCGGUGGAGCAGUUAGAUGGAGGGGAGAGGCAAUACCAAUGCCAACGGUGCAAAGAGAAAGUUAGGGCCCUGAAGCAGCUUACCAUUCAUAAGGCCCCAUAUGUCCUCACAGUUCAUCUCAAGCGUUUUAGUUCUCAUAUUCCUGGACAAAAGAUUGAUAAAAAAGUCGAGUUUGAGCCCACUCUAGACUUAAAACCCUUUGUCAGUGAUGCACAUGAAGGAAAUUUAAGAUAUACUCUUUAUGGUGUAUUGGUACAUGCGGGUUGGAGUACUCACUCUGGCCAUUAUUACUGUUAUAUUCGCACUUCAAGUGGCAUGUGGCAUUCUCUCGAUGAUAACCAGGUCAGCCAAGUCAGUGAGAAGACUGUGUUGGCACAGAAAGCCUAUAUGUUAUUCUAUGUCCGUGAUAGAAGUUCUACAAUCAAGAGAUCAGUUGAUGUGGCUGGCAAAGAUAACAUUUCUGUUAAUGGACCUGGAAAUAAAACUGUUCUCCACUCUGCUCCAACAUCAAAUGGAGCAGUUCAAACUAAUGGAGUUGAAAGAAAAUUAAACCUUGCAGAGUGUAUCUCUGUCAAAAUUAAAACUGAUGCUGCUAGCAAAUGCCAAUCCAGCUCUGCAAUGGGUACUACAUCAGAUCACCCCGCGCAGGAAGUGGUUUGUUCUUUGCAGAUCUCACGAAAUAAUGGUCAAGUGAUGCCAAAAGAAGCUUCGAAAACAUUGGCAGAUUUAAAAAAGCUACCCUUUUGUAAAGAUCCAACGAUGCCUGUUCUGACAUCCAAAGGGGACCAGAAAUUGACGGAAGACUUAGCACAGCCAGCUUUGCUAAAGGACAAUGCUGUCAUCACCACUUAUCAUGGAAGUGAUACCUCCUCUAUCCCUCGUGUCCAGUCAAAUGGUAGACUUUGUCUUUCUAAUGGUUGCAGUGCAGACAUUAAGUUAGCUACCCUUACCACUGAGAUGAAUGAUUCUGCCUUCCCAGAAACCACUGAGAAACAUCCCAAUAAACUUCUGAUAGAAAACAACAUGAUGGUACCUUCCAAAAAUAAGCCUAUUAAUAUUCCCUGCAAAUCAAGUUCUAUGAAGCAGUGCAUUCAGAAGGAAGUGUUCAGUAAAAAGGAUGUGGCACAACAGGCCAUUGGCAUUAAGAAUGGGAAGUGCUCAAGCAGUAUUCAAUGCCAGAAUGAUGAGGAAAGCCUUCUUAACCCGGGUGAAGCUGGGUUGGUCAGUUUUUUGGAGAAACAAAGCACUUCAAAUGGUUAUGGUCAGAAGGAAACUUUUGCAGAAACUGGCAGAGAACAUUCAGUUGGCAAAAUUUACCAAACAGACAUGAAACUGAAGAAGCUUGCAAAAUGUUCACUGAGGGGCAUGUAUUUUGGCCGCAAGCAACUAUUUCUCGGUUAUUUAAGCCUGCGUAAAAGUAAAAAACACAAGAAAAGCAAAAAACAUCGUUUAAAUUCUAGAAACCUGACAAAAAGUGUAGUUCUAGAUGAUCUCAGCAUAAGUGAGCAGACAACAUCAACAUCAAAGGUCAUUAAAGUUGAAAUAGAUUCCAAGCAUUGCCAUAGAAAACGGAACCAUUUUAGUUCUGUCAAAGACAAUAAUAUCCAGGGAAUGAAUGAUAAGAGUUAUUGUACUGGUGAUUCUGCGGAAACUGAUAGACAAAUAGAGGAGAGAAAUGAUAAGAACAUUGCCAUGCUUGCCACAUCAAAGCAAGUCAAAAGGUGUUUGAGCUCUGCAGCAAAUCAAUGCAACUUGAGAGAAAGAGAAACAGAUGCAAACGAGAAGGGGCUACGUCAGCAUGAAUUUAUUUUGCUGAGGGGUUUGGAGGAAUCUACUGUUGCACGAUGGGAUGACAUAGAAUUACCAAAAUGUGAGGUAGAAGAACCAGAAAACUCAAGAAAUAACAGCAUCGGUUAUGUGUUGGAUGAGUGGGAUGAGGAGUAUGACCGAGGGAGGAGGAAGAAGGUAAAGAAAUCCAGACAAUCUUUUGGUGGACCAAACCUGUUCCAGGAGACUGCCAACGUAAAAACACAGCAGAAGAUGAAGGUGAAGAUGGACCAGACCAGAUCGGGAAAUCAACCAUUCAGGAUAUGAUGGCGAAAAGGAAAGGAGAAAAUUGUUGUCAUUGUAUUGCUUUGUUUUGGUGUUAUAAUCCAUUCAUGUAUUUUGUUUUGUUCUCUUGAAGAGCCGAAUAGCCACCGUCCAACGAGACUUUAUUUAUUAUCUGCGAGUAUUUGAAACGUACUUUGUAACGAGCAACCUGGAUGAGCUGCCUUUUUUUCUUUUUUGUCCCCAGGUCCUGCAUCAAAGGCUCAUUUUCGAGUUUAUGUGAACCCAUUAGCGUGUUGGUAACUUGCUUCCAUAUUCCCAAUGCCA